GGUUUUGUAUUCAGAUGCAAUCAUGUGAAGCAUGCUACAGUGCUGUUUUGGGGUCUAACUUCAACAGGUUCAUGAUACAAACCAAUAUUACAAGAAAGAAUACAGGAUGGGUAAAUCUCGGCCUAAACUCCAACGUAGUUUCAGUACCAUCAAGCGUCAGUUCACCUUUAGGAAGUCUAUCAGGCCUUUUAUCAGUUCUACCUUCUUAGACUUCCAAGAUGAGCGUGGCCACCUUCAGCGUUAUGUCUUUCCUCAGCUCAACUCUGUCUGCCAUUCCAGAGGUACUUUCUUUGCUCCUGCAGAUCUUCGUUGGGGCAUCAAUAACGAACAGUCAAGCUCAGGAAAUGUCAUCUCUCUGUGCCUCGAGUACAUCAAUCGCUGCAGUCCUUUCUUCAUCUGUCUCCUUGGUGAGCGUUAUGGAACCCAUCGGCCAAAUGAUGCACCUCUGCUUCCAUCAUCACUGGAGAAACUACCUCGGAACAUGUCAUGGUUGGAUAGGAAUUAUUUGAUAGCUGCCAGCAAGGGACAUGAAUGGAUCAUGCAGGAGGCAUAUCAAUAUUGCAGUGUAACGGAGCUAGAGAUCAUCCAAGCAGCCAUUUUGAAUGACAGUAAAUACUGCAGGUUCUAUGUUAGAGAUGUCAGACAUGUAGAGGACAAGUUUCUAGAGUUACCAGAAAAGGAAAGGGAGGAAAAAUUGAAGAUGUAUAUGGCCGAGGAUGAGGAAACAGAAAUUAAAGUAACCACUUUGAAACAGAAAUUAAUCAACAGGGGUAUGAAGAUCCAAUUUUUUCGUACUCCUGAAGAGCUUGGUCAGAAAGUACUGGAUGAUUGGAUGGAAAUCAUUAAUGAACUCUACCCACCUCUUGAUGAAUUACUGGGUGAUGUUGAUGGCGAGCAGUUCCGAGAGUGGGCAGCCCAUGAGGCAUAUGCAGAAACCCGUCGUCGAGUGUUUGUACUGACCCCUGAGAUACAGAAGCUUUUCACCAAAAUGACUGAUCACUGUGAGGAAUGGAUGGACCCUACUACAACAGCUGAAAAGGUUGAUGAAUGGGUCAUAGUCAAAGGAAAGAAGAAGAAAAUAGAAGACACACCAGCAUCCAAGUCUAUUGUAACCUUAAUAGGAGAGAGAGGGUGUGGGAAGACAUCAUUGGUUGCCAAUUGGGUCAAGCAAUUCCAAGGAUCACAUCCAGAUAUCAAGGUCUUGGCCCACUAUGUUGGUUCUAGCGCCCUCAGUACUGACAUCUGCAGCUUUCUCCGAAGAGUGACCUUUGAACUUAGAGGAGAGUUUGGAGGUGACAGCCCAGCUGAGAGCAAUGGUGAUUCUGAGGAACUAUCUAACUUUCAUCGGAUCUGUGAAGCAUUUGUUGCAGCCAUUGCUAUGGGUCCUUGUGCUAUAGUCCUUGAUGCUGUAGAUGAACUAAGCAGUACUAUGGGAAUGGGAGUACAUCAGGUCAAAGAAAUGAAAUGGCUGCCUGAUGUUCUUCCAUCUCAUUGUAAGAUUAUCAUCACCACAGUCCGUUCUGAUCUCACCUACAAAUCACUGAUGAAUAGACCAGACUGUGAGACCUUAUCUGUUCCUCUCUUUGAGAGCACUGCAGAUAAAGGCACAGUCAUUGAACGCCAUCUUGCAAUGCAUUGUAAGUGCUUGGAUGCCAGUCACCUCAAGAAAAUUGUCAACUGCAAGCUUAGCUCAAGACCUCUCUUUCUCACAGUACUGGCAAAUGAGUUGAGGGUAUGUGGGACCUUCGACAAUCUGCCAGAUCUACUGAAGCGAUAUGUCAAAGCGCCCUCUUUUAGGGAUUUGUGGAAGUCUAUCAUAUCUCGAUGGACCAAGGAAUAUGGAUGGAGUACUGAGGGGAGACUUUCAGCUUCCAUGUCAAAUUUUGGACAAAUUGAUCCUUUUACUGGAUGGGUAGCUGAGACCCUUCGCCUGCUUGCUUGCUCACGUCAUGGACUUAGUGAGACGGAUAUACUCUCUCUCCUCAAGCAGAUGGGAUACAAAGGUCAAUCAGCAGUUACUAGCUUUGACUUUGCACUCUUCAGAUCAGCUGCCUUUGAUGCCCUUGUAGAGCGACCUGGAGGAUUAUUUGGGUUCUUCCAUCAAGACUUGAGAGAUGCUGUCCUCAAUUCUCUACUUGGUGUGAUCCCAGGACUGACCAGUGACCAGACCUCAUCAUCAGGUGUUGGUUUCUUACCUCAGAUGUUGAAUGGUCAGAUGCAGCAGUGUCAUGAACACCUUGCUGACUUCUUCCUUCACCAACCUUCCUCCAGGAGAAGGGUAGAGGAACUCCCUUAUCAUCUAGACCGUUGCGGGGAUGUCAAUGGACUCAACAAAAUUGUCACUAACCCUGAUACUUUUCUGGCCAUGCAAGCGGACACAUCUCAGAACAUCACCUUGAAGCUUGAUCUCAUUCAUUACUGUAACCGUCUCUCCAAAGAGAACUUCAACAUUACCACUUCUCUCACCAAGAUGGUAUCUGAGGUAGUUACUAAAGAAGAUAAUCCUAACCAGGUCAAGAGUAAUUCAAGGGUAUCAUUUGCUGAUGAUGUAGGAGAGAUGGUAAUGAGAUCAGCUACUAGAAUGGAUUGGGAGCUACCCGGUUUCAAAAAGAAACUUGAUAAGAAGAUGGGCAGUAUUGGUAUUCAGAGUGACAAUUUUAGCAGCCAGUCAUCCAAGCCACCCAUGAUAGAUUUGACUGCAGGAAAACAGGCUGCUCCUCCUAGUGCCUCUUUUGGAUCUGGAGGCCAUCAGAGUAUCUUCAGUGACUUUGAAAGUAUGGAAAGUAGAAGGACUAUCGAGAAAUCCACAUUUGAGAGUGGGGAGGAGGAGUAUAUCCCUAGAGAGGAUCUGACCAUGAGUCGUGCCACAAGGACUGACCUUGAUAGCAUCACCAGUAAGAACGAGGCUACACCACCCCCACCACCACCUCCUUUGUCAUCAGCUGCAUUUAGUGGCAUAGGUAACGGCAGUAGAGAUGGGAUGGAGAGUGGGUGGAGUGAGGUUGAAAGCAGUCGAAGUGGGGUGGAGAGCAGAAGAAGUGAGGUAAUCAUGAGUGGACAGUCUCAUCCAGACAGUCAAGUUGAGGAAGUGAUUGUCAGAGAAGAGUUCACUGCAUUAUUAGCUUGCCCUGAUGAUAUGUCUUUUUAUGGAAGCAACUACAGUGAUGAGAGGAGUCCGAAAGAAAGUAUACUAGAUGACACAAAGACAGCAUUGAGUUAUAAUAGAGAAGACAGCCAAGCAGAAAGCAGCAUCCAAAAUGUUCCUAUAGAAACCAGUGAUGCUGAGCUCUCAAGGAGUCUAGCUAGCUUUGUUCCUGGAGAAGAAGACAUGCUGGAUGACUUGGUGAAAUCGCUUGGCGAUGCUUUUGAAAUAUCUAACAAGAGUGAUGGUGAAGUGGACAAGCUAGAUUACGAGAAAGAGAAGGAGAGCGACAUAGAGGCAGAACCAUUUGAUGAAAAUAGGAUACGAUGUAAAGGGGCUCUUCUUGCAAUGCAUGUUGGAAAGUUUCUCGCAGAAAAAUCAGCAUUUGAUCAAUCUGAAGAGAUGUUGAUGCUAGCGUAUGACAGGAUCAUAGAUAUGUUCCCUUUGUCAUACAAAGAACAGCUGCUGCUUGUUGAGGUUCAAGAAAGCAUUGGUGAUAGACAUCUUUUUCAGUUACGUAAAGAUGAAGCAAAGCGUUUCUUUCGGAAGGCUCUCAACUCACUGGAACAUAUUAUAGAAGAAGAGACUUAUGACAACAUCAAACCAAUCCUUGAGACAAAAGGUCGGUUACUAACUCGGAUUGGUAGCAUGGCAGUCCAUGAUAGACAUAUUGAGGAAGCAGAAGAGAUCUUAAUGGAAGCCAGUCAGUGUAUGAAACAAGCUAACAGUGUAGCAGGCAUAGCUACAGCACAGUUCAAUCUGGGAUUUCUCAAGAUGAAGGUAGAAGAUUAUCAGUCAGCUGAGUCUUGUCAACUUGAGGCUUUACAGACUAGAGAGAGAUGGUAUGGCUCAGCACAUCCUCUGGUAGCUGAAGUACUCAAUGAAUUAGCUGGACUACUAUGUAGAUACGACAAUGAGAUUAGUUAUGACAGAAUAAAGGCUGAGGUGUAUUAUAGGAGAGCAUUGAAAAUUCGUCAAGACGCACUUGGGAAGGAUCAUCUUCUGGUAGCAACCACUCUCUUUCAUUUAGGGAAACUUCUAAGAGAUGAUGGGAGUUUCCAGAGCAAGAAAGAAGCCCUAGAGCUGAUGAGUAGAGCACUGGAUAUCCGUACCACCAAGUUUGGAGCUCACCAUAAACUCACCUACGCUAUUCGCAACUCAAUCAAAGGAUUACGAAAAGAACUGGAUAGGGGAGACUAUGACCGAGCUCCAGUCAAGCCUCCAGACAAGAGAACAAAGAAUAAUCCUAGGAGUAACUUGAGCUGGCGGGAGCAAGAACUCUUAAGUGUUGGAGGGAGGAGUGGUUCACCAAGCCGUAGGGGUUCUAGUUACAAUGGACGUAAUAGCCCAAGAAGUAUUGACAGGAGUCCUUCUCCACGACCAGGCAGUAGGUAUGGAGGAAGUGUUCGGCAUGGAAGUAUGCAGUACAAUAGUCAAAACAAAGAGAGAGGUAAUGGAGGAGGGAUUCGCAGGGAUAGAGCUCAGAGCUCACCACAACUGAAAUACAACGGAAGAUCUAGCUCUGGUUCUCCUCAAAAUAGAUCCUCAACUAAUAGGAAAGUACAUUCAGCUGCAACUGGAACUCAGCAGAAAGACUGUAGACCAUCUAGUUCAUCUUCUUCAUCGUCGUCUUCCUACAAGGGACCUACUUUGAAAGCCAAGUACCUGUACAAUGGCCGUCCUGAUGCAAGAGAAGAUGGUGUGUCCUUUGCAGAAGGCCAUACUAUACUAGGAAACAGUGAGAUGAGUGAUGAAACAUGCAGCAAAAUCAAUGGCAUCAAAGAGAAAAAUCAGCCAAGGCAAGGAAAUGGACGUACAUAUUCGUCUGUCAGUAGCUCUACGUGGGACAGAGGACCUAAGAGUUUAGGUAGUGAAAUGUCCGGUACUGGUCACAGACGUGAUAUUCCAUCUCCAUAUGACAGUAACCUCCAUGGUCCAAACAGUAAUAUUACUUCACUUCUUGGAGAGCCAGCAGGACCUCGUUCUAAUACCGUUGAUCCCCUGCAUGAUGCUGCAUUUUAUCAUGGGCCCGGUAGGUAUCCUAAGGAUCAGAGAGAUUUCUAUCCACCAAGAAGACAUCAACAAAGGCAAAAUAGCCACAAACUACCUUUGCUUAAUCCUACCAACCAGGUUGAAAAAAUAAAUUAAUAAUGCAUUUUAGGAUUCAUAUGAUAUCUGAGUAUGAUACUGUGGAAUUUGCUAGGUUGGAUGUGAUUUGCAAUUAAGUUAGAGGAGAUAUUAUAGAAAGUUGGGGGAGAUGAUGAUUCUAAUGACAUUGUAUUCUCGUAUUACACCAAUCACAUUAUAAAUAAUUAUCUCUUUACAAUAUCAAAUAAAUUUGUAUUUGAGAUGACAAGAAAAGGCAAUUAUUCUUUCUUGAAAUUGGGGUGUCAUAUCAGAGAUAGGACUCUAAACUAGAUGAGAUGAUUUUGAUAAAUGCAAGUGCCUUUAAAGUAUAUAUCCUUCAAAGGAAACCAAAUAAUGAAGCUUAUAUUAUCAGAGAACAUAUAUUUUUAAUUCUUCAUGAAAUAAAAAUAAAAAAACAAUGUCAAGCAGCUGAAAAUGAUGAAUUACUUUUGUUGGCCAUGUCUUGAGAUUUAAUAGAUCAUGAUUUAUAAUAUUUGUUUUAUUUUGUUUAAGAUAGAAAGUAACGGUUCUCAGGAAUUAAUGUAAAAUUUCUGCUGACAUAUAAAUCAUAGAAACUAUGUUUUAUUUUUUAAACUAAAUAUCCCUUUUUCAUUCAUUUUUUUAUUUCAUAAUUGUGAAGCUGAUUAGAUUUAUAUAAUUCAGAUAUGAAUAUUUUUAUAUUAUCCAUAUUUGUUAUGUUUUUAUACAGAAUCAAGCUGUACAAUCCUAUGUGUGAUGUCAAAAGAAAUCUGCCAAAAUGAAGAUUUAUAUGCAUAUUAUAUUUUUUGAUAUUUCUAUUAACAUUUUGUUAUUUGUUGUGAUUGCAGUGAUGUUUAUUUUUUAAUGAAAUAUGAAGGUAAUUUAAGAUUUGAUAUGAAAUGUGUGAAUAUACUAACCUAUAAUAGUCUAUGUUUAGACUAUGCUACUUGAUGGAAGAAGAGGAGUAAAACAAUAAUAGUGCCGAAUAUCACUCUACAAAUCAGGGCGUCUGUCACAGACAUGGGUAUACUAACCACAUAUUUAAUGUAAUCAUGAUUUCUGACAAGGAAAAUACACAAUUUAUAUAUGUAUAUUGUAAAUGUAUAUGUUGCUUAACUGAUGAUAAUCUAGCAACUUGUCCCUCUAGAAAUUUACCCCUCUCCUUUUCCAAGAUAUCUAUGUAUGUACAAGCAAAUGUUCGUAAAUUGAAAUUUGACAAACUUUCUCCUCACAUAGUGGAAAACGUGUUUUGUCUUGAUAUAUCAUAGAACAUGCUUGGUUUCUUUUUUACUCUCUCCUUGAGAGUAUUUUUAUGUAAAAAUCGCUGUUUGCAACCUAAUGAAAGAUUUUCAUUCAAAGUUUUGUUGCUUGUAUGUCUUAUAUUAACCAGAUGGCAAGUUUAGAAUGAUACUUCUUUAGUGUCAUUCAACAUUGUGAUAGAGGACAAAGAACAUCUCUUUUCUAAUAUCAUUGAUAUUAUAUAUUUUUUGUAGUUGCUCGAUAGCAAGUUUGAUAUGUUUAUGUUAGCUUAAUUUUAAAGGUAUAUAAAGAAGUAAGUUUUGUGAUGUAUGUGUCUCCAUAUUUUGAUUUUCCUUGAAUGAAUCAGUCUUUAUGAAAUCAUUGUAUAUUAGUAAAAUGUUUCAUGAAUUGCCUUAUAUUUUAGAGACUUUCAUCCAUCCAAUAUAUUUUAUAUAUCUGACAAUUCAGUCAUGAAACUAUUGCAUUCCUUUGGAUUUUCUUGUAGGCUGCACUCCAUGUAAUUAGACUUUUAUUUUAUGUACUCUGCAGUCCAAUCGUUACACCUGAAUUUUGAAUGACUAUUCUGAAUUUCUUCUUCAGAGUGAAUAUUGUAUCAGUUUAUUAGGAUCGUUUGUUUGUAUAUCGUCCAUUUUCAAUUUGCUGGGACCUCAAUCAUUAUUUAUGUAAUGCAAUAUUUUGUAAGAUAUAAUGUAUAUUUCUGUCGAUAUGUACUAAUAUGAUAUUACCAUGCCAUACUGUACAAUGUAGUUUUCAAAAAUGUGCCCACUUUAGUCUUUAUGCCCUUUUGAAUUUGCCAUGUCAUGAAUUAUAGUCUCUUGAUUUCCAGUUUUUCAAUGUCAAGGCCAGUUUGAUGCACUGAUAAUGUUGAAUAGUUGCUGUCCCAACCUUGCUUAUGAGUGUGUUUGUAUGUAGGUGUAUGAUAUAGAUAAGUGAGAGUUCCAUUCAAAGAUUAAAGCAGUAAAGCAGAGAAUAUUAUGCUUUCUGUCUCAUUUAAUUAUCAGCAGGGAAACUUUUACCCUUCAAAUAUAAGAUAUUGACAUUGAUAAUCAAAUCCUGUCUCUACCGUAAUCCAUAGCAUCCCUUUCACCCUUUUUAAUGUUAGUAUCUGUAUCGUCAUAGUAACAGUAAAUAUUAACAGUGUUACUACAGCUCAAGGUCAAAGCAAAUGAACUCACUAUUUGAUUAUGAUCUUUUCAGUCUAUUUCCACUCAGAUACCCUGCAAUCAAAUUAACAGGUUAUGUGGAACUAUUGAGUUACAUCUUUCCUAUUAUGACAGGAGUAAGAUCAUUGCAACAAACCAUUAUUGCAUUACAUAUCACAAAAUUAAAUUUAGCGUUAUUUGUACUUGAAAAAGAGGAUGGGAAUAUAUUAUGGAGGAAGGGAGGGGGGUAUAAAAUGAGAGCUAUAGAAUUUAGUUACCCGUUAUACAUCAGUUUCCAUGGCUCCGUAUUUCUGUAGCUAUAAUGAAUAUAUGAAUGAUGUACAACUAUACCAUAUGGUGUAUUUGAAUAUGCUGUAAUAAUGCCCUGUAAAGGUAAAACGAAUAUUCUGUAUGAUCCUCUUUGUGUAAGUCUACAAGGAUAUCAUUAUUUAUGUUCAAUAUCAACAUUGUGCAGUUAAGUUGGUAUGUCGAAUAAAGAGCUAAGACCAGAACAUGCAAAGUAAUGCAUACCUUCUAAAUAUAAUUUUGCUCAAUCAAUAAUAUUUCUGCACAAUGAUCCCCCAGAUAUUUGACUGAGGCAAGUUCUCCUGUAAAAGGCAUAAUGAUUAUAUAUCCUCCUUGGCUUGAUAAAACCUUGUAUCUCAAAACUCAGCCAUUUGAGGGUAGCUCAGAGAAAAUCAAAUGUAUUCCAGAAUUAUGGCAAUAGUGGCAAUAUCAUAUUGUCUGAAAAGAAUCACCUAUUUCCUGUAGAGAUGUUUUUCCUGGGAAAAAGAAAGUCAUUAUUCUAAAAUCAAGGGUUAAUUUUUUUUAACUGUCCUGAAGAAUUUCAGAUGCAUAUUUUCAAUAGUGCAUCAGUGAGGUAGUACAUUGUCAUAAAAUGUAUGUCUGAAAAUGUAAAUGGCUUGUCUAGCCUGUAUAGAUCAUACAAUGAUGUUUUAGUCAACUGGCCUUUAUUACAUUCAGCAUUGAUCAAAUAAUCACAUUGUAGUUUGUGCCUGUAGGUUAUGUUAAAUGUGUACAAAAAUAUGUGAUCUACCUGGAAUUAUAGCUUGUCUUAGACUUAGGGCAAAGCAAGAUUAUUUUAGAUUGAUGUUUCCAUUCCAAUGCUAUGGCAAUUCUUCAUAAUAUUAUAUACAUAUACCUCUUAAAUUGUGAAUUGCAUUGAACAUUGAUGAGAAAAAAAAGGUGAAGUAAUUAUGUAACCAUGGUGGUUUAGCAUGAGUUGACACAGUUAAAUCAAUGAAACCAUCAAUAUUUCAGAAUGGUUAGAGGAAUUACAGUCAAACCUAUCUUAGUGGCCACCUGCUUAUAGUGGCCACUUAAAAUUCCCCCGCAGGAAAUUAAUGUGUUGUUGACCCUGUCAAUAGUGGCCACCUGUUUAACGUGGCCAGUGGCCACUCAUUUUGCAUCCCUUUGUCAAUAGGAGACCCGCUACAGUGGCCACUAAAAAUAAGCUUCCCUGAAACUUCUGACUCCAACAGUGGUUCAAUACUGUAACUAGUCUAUGCGUUUGCAACUGCAUCUGAACACAAAUCUAACUCUUCAAUUAACAAUUAUACAAUCAACAUAAGUAUUUGGUUGAAUGAAAUAGAUACAUGAUCAAUGCAGUAUUAUAUGAAAAAAGUUGAAGUGAUUAAAAGCACUUACUGUAUGUCCAGUACAUUGCACAAUAUAUACAUUGAAGAUGGCCGCCAACCCAUCUAUAGUGGCCACCUGUCUAUACAGUGCGUAUAUAAAAAAAAACAGGAAAGUUUUGAAAAGUAUUAAAGUUUUGUUUCAAAUUAUGAUGUCUAUAUUUUGAUGUCAAUAGAU